CAAACAAACUUCAAAUACUGUUACCCACCCAAAUGCAACUCCUUACCUCCAUUUUCAGAUCAUCAAACCCCAAAACCCUAGUCUUUCUCCUCCACACCUCUUUCAACUUCCACACCUUCUCUCUCUCCCUCUUGGAAACCCACCCUCACCCUUUUCAUUUCAACCAAAUCCUCUCUCAUGCCAUCACUUCAGGCCUCUUCACUGACCCCUUUGUCUCCAGCAAACUCCUCCACUACUCUCUCUCUUCCUCCCACCUUCUUCCCAUCUCCUUCUCAAGCUCCAUUUUCUUCCAAAUCCAACACCCAAAUCUCUUUUCUUGGAAUUUCAUGUUCCAAGCCUAUUCCCACAGCUCAUCCCCCCUUCAAUCUCUCACCUAUUACAAUCUUAUGAGGCGCAGCAAUAGAGUCAUCCCGGAUAAAUAUACAUUCCCUUUUGUCCUCAAAGCUUGUGGUAGACUUGGGUUGAUUGAAAAAGGCCUUGAAAUUCAUUGUUUGAGUGCCAAGCUCGGGCUUGAGUUUGAUGUUUUUGUGCAAAAUGCGCUGAUAUCAAUGUAUUUUCAGUGUGGUUUUGUUGAAUUUGGGCGGAUGGUAUUUGAUAUGGUUCCAGGUUUGGUUCGGGAUGUUGUGACUUGGAAUAGUGUGAUUUCUGGGUAUCUACAGAGUGAUUGCUGUGCCAAUGCAUUGAAGGUGUUUGGGGAAUUGUUGGAUGAUUGUGCUGUGAGGCCAAAUGAGGUUACUGUGGUGAGUGCUCUUACUGCGUGCGGAAGGAAUGGGUUUCUUGAUUUAGGAACCAAAGUUCAUGGAUUUAGUGUAGUAAGUGGCUUUGAUUUGGAUGUCUUUUUGGGUUCUUCUUUGGUUGACAUGUAUGCGAAAUGUGGGCAGUUAGAGGAUGCUCGAAAGGUGUUCGAUAGAACUCCUAAUAGAAAUAUAGUUUGUUGGACUUCUAUGAUUGCGGGUUAUGUCCAGUCAGAUUUAUACAAGGAUGCGAUUGACUUGUUUAGGGAGAUGCAAGUUGUUGGGGUUAGAGCAGAUUCACCGACAAUUGCUUGUGUCAUUUCAGCAUGUGGGCAUUCGGGUGCUCUGCAUCAGGGGAGGUGGGUGCAUGGUUACUGUGAGAGGAACCACAUAGAAAUGAACUUACCAGUAAAGAAUGCUUUGAUUGAUAUGUACUCUAAGUGUGGAGAUAUUGAAAAGGCCGUUGAAAUUUUUCAUGGAAUAACCAAGAAAGAUGUAUUUUCAUGGACCGCAAUGAUCUCAGGCCUUGCAAUGAAUGGGCAGUCUGAGAAGGCAUUGCACUUCUUUUCUCAAAUGGAAAUGUCAAAUGAUGUCAGGCCGAAUGAGGUCACAUUCCUUGGGGUCUUAUCUGCUUGUAGUCACAGUGGGUUUGUGGAUAAAGGGUUUUACUAUUUUGAAGCAAUGACUAGAUGCUAUGGUCUCACCCCCUGGCUUGAACACUAUGGGUGCAUGGUUGAUCUUCUAGGCCGUGCAAACCUUUUGGUUGAGGCAGUGAAGUUUAUCAAGUCCCUUCCCAUUCGAUCUGAUGUGGUUAUAUGGCGAUCCUUGCUUUUUGCUUGUCGGAGUCAUGGGAAUGUAGAACUGGCUGAGUUUGCAGCCAAUAAAAUCGAAGAAUUAGAACCUAGAAAGUGCGGGGCACGUGUUCUUUUGUCUAAUGUUUAUGCUUCUGCCUCUAGGUGGAGCGAUGUGAAGCGGGUAAGGAAAAAUAUGUUUGUUCACGGAACCCAAAAGCAACCUGGAUGCUCUUUAGUUGAAGUAAACGGUCUUGUUUCUGAAUUUUUUGUUGCAGAUAGUUCACAUACUCAGAUUGACAACAUAUCUGAGACAAUUUUUGGAAUUAAUAAAAUUCUGCAAUCUUAUAGUUUCAACUCAAGUAUCUUACAUUAUCGAGAACAAUGGGAUGGAGUGUAACUAAUUUGGAUUGUGAUAUCUGUCUAAUUUCCUUUGAUAUGUACUCAUGCUUGAGCCAGACCCUGUAAUUUGAUGCCAGAAAAAUUUAUUUACUCUGAUCACAUCAGUGUUUGAAGAUGAUGCUUGUGAUUAAAUUAAAAUUGAAACACCAGUUUCCUGAUAAAGUUUCUCUUGGUAAAUUUGCAAGAGAGAAGCUCCGAGAAGUGGAUUUCAUCAAUAAUGCAGGGUUACAUUUGUUUAAUCAGUGUUGUAGGAAUUGGAAUUGGAAUGGAAGAAAUUUAGGGCAUGUGCAUUCAUACAAGCCAUGAAAAAAAGAAAGCAUCAGGGAAUCGUACUCCGUGGGGUCCAAAAGGCAGUUAAAGCAUGUGAUAUUGAAGGGCAAAUGUUAGCUUAAAUUCCUGUUUUCUGAUUUUCCAUAUCAAGAAAUAACCCAUUUAUGUUCUCUAGUGGCUGGCUUUCAUCAAAGGGAACCAUUUGUGGAGGAUUAUGCUUUUAAGACAGAGUGCUCCAAUUUGGUGCUGGGCAGAAUAUUGUAACAGUUGGACAAUCAAAUGCAAAGAAAGCCAGCCAUGUCGUUGCUGCCCAAAAAAGAACUACCAUUUCAAGAAAUGGAGACACAUGCCCUCCACUAAAGCUCAAAUAUACAACAUGCCAAUGCAGAGAGAACCAUCCUCAACUGGCUGCAGAUCUUGAUGUUGAGCAGUGAGUCGAGGCUUGAGGGGCUAAAAUGCCCUGUGACCACUCUUGAGUUUAGACGUGAACUAAAAAUGCGUUAGCAGAGAGGCCUCGGUGUUGGAGUGAUAGAGACCAGUUUUGACAAUGGUGCCGACGUGAGAUUGGAGGAACUAUGAAUGACAUCCUACUGACAGACAGCUUCGAAAUUGGCAUAUUUUACAAGGUUUCAUAACAGCCUGUUUGCUUUUUGAGAAAACUUGGGAAAAGGAAAAAAACAGAUAUACUUCGUAUUGAUAACUGUAUUGCUUUUCAAUACUCUUAUGGGAUUCCACAACAAACUUUAAGAAGAUAUCCCAAAGAAGUUAAAAGUCACUCAUGUGUGUGGGUCCCUUCUUUUCUUUAUGUUAUUCUUCUUCUUUUAGACAAUGUUUCCACAGUUAUAUACUGUAUUUGGAAUGAAAGCUGACUUUGUUUUUCCACAUCAUUGCUUACUGAAGAAUUGGCCAGGGUGGAGGGGAACUGAAGUUAACAGAGUCUCUUCUAGAAACGAAAAUCUUGAGAUAAGGAAAAUCAACGAUAAGAAGAAUGCCUCUAUGGAAGCUCAGCAGAAGUCACUCUUCGAAGGGUUCAUGCUGCUCAAAAAGAUGAUAUACCUCCAAUUGAAGCCAUCCUUGCACCUUUGGAGGUUGAACUUAAGAUUGCUCAACAGGAG